CGCGCCAGCCGGCUCCGUUAUGGCGACCCGCAGACCCAGCGUCAUGAUUAGUGAUGAUGAACCGGGUUAUGACCUAGAUUUAUUUUGUAUACCUAAUCAUUAUGCUGAAGAUUUGGAAAAGGUGUUUAUUCCUCAUGGACUAAUUAUGGACAGGACCGAACGGCUGGCUCGAGAUGUGAUGAAGGAGAUGGGAGGCCAUCACAUCGUGGCCCUCUGUGUGCCCAAGGGGGGCUAUAAAUUAUUUGCUGACUUGCUGGAUUACAUCAAAGCACUGAAUAGAAAUAGUGAUAGAUCCAUUCCUAUGACUGUAGAUUUUAUCAGACUGAAGAGCUACUGUAAUGACCAGUCAACAGGCGACAUAAAAGUAAUUGGUGGAGAUGAUCUCUCAACUUUAACUGGAACUGACACUGGCAAAACAAUGCAAACCUUGCUUUCCUUGGUCAAGCAGCAUAAUCCAAAGAUGGUCAAUGUUGCAAGCUUGCUGGUGAAAAGGAACCCUCGAAGCGUUGGAUACAGACCAGACUUUGUUGGAUUUGAAAUUCCAGACAAGUUUGUUGUAGGAUAUGCCCUUGACUAUAAUGAAUACUUCAGGGAUUUGAAUCAUGUUUGUGUCAUUAGUGAAACUGGAAAAGCAAAAUACAAAGCCUAAGAUGAGAGCUGAAGUUGAGCUUGGAAACAUCUGGAGUCUCAUUGAAAUCACCAGUAAAAUUAUCAAAUGUUCUAGUUCUG